AUGGGUCUCUCAGGUAGAAAAGAAAAGCAGCGUAUCCCAAACGAUCCUCGUAAUCUUUCGUGGGCGAAUAAUGCGGCCAAAUUUGGUCAAGCCUAUCUCUCAAAGCUGGGCUGGGACCCGUCACAAGGUCUCGGCGUCGCAGGCGACGGGCGCACGAAAGCUAUUGCCGUCGAACAAAAGUUGGACAUGCUCGGAAUCGGAAUGCAGCACCAGAGAGAGGAAGGAGGCGUCGCGUGGAGGCAGAACAAGGACUUUGAGAGGUUAUUGAGAAGGUUGAACGGACAGGACGAGGGCGGGAGUGGGAUGAAGGUGGAAGGGUUUGAUCGGGCGACGGAAGAGGCGGUGGACAACACGAAGGCGCAGGACAGUGCUAGCUCAGAGGGGAAGAUGGAGGCAGAACAGUCAGAGGAGGGCAAGAAGGAUAGGAAGAAGCGAAAGAAGGAGGACGCGGAUGGUGAGGACGACAGGAAGGAGAAGAAGCGGAAAAGGUCCAAAGACGAGUCUUCCUCGUCCGGCAAGGACAAGAAGGACAAGAAGAAGAAGAAAAGCAAGUCGUCCUCCAGUGACGAUGAACCCUCCCCUUCAACUACACCAGUCGAGGUCACUGUCGCCGAUAUACCCAUCGCUACUCCAACUCCCAUGCGAGCUCCUCCCCGUGCACACCGCGCCCGCAACAUUCGCGCCAAACGUCUUGCCUCCCUCACACCCUCUGCUCUCUCCGAAAUUCUGGGCAUCCCAUCGGCCCCAACCACACCCAAACCCGGAUCGUCAUCCACCUCCACACCAUCGACAUCAUCUCCCGCGCCACAAAUGGAAGGGACACUCACAGUUAUCGAUGACGCCGCCGCCAACGAUCUUCACAAGCUGAAAACGUCAACACAGAGCGUAGCAGAUUAUUUCAAGGCGAAAUUAGCUGCUAAAUCGAGCUCAGCUUCGGGUUCGAGGUUGAAGGAGGAAGUUCUGGCAUAUGAACAAGUUAUCGAGCGAGAGGAAGAGAAGGAACCACGACGAAUGGGACUAGGAUCGUCUUCGUCGAUGGGAAAAGGUCUUGGAUUCGUUAGUGGCGGUGGCACGGGCGCUAGUGGCUUUGGUCUGCCCAGCACUUCCACCACGGCACAGGGAGACGGCACCACCGGGGAGGAUCGCUCGGGACCGGGCUCUCCAAAGUCGACUUCGAAGUUUGCUGGAAUGUUCGCUUCGGCCGGCAUUUCGACGCCGGCGGCUAUUAAAGUCGAGACGAAGGUGGAAGCGGAGGUCGUCACUGGAAAUGCCGGCGAUGAGCAGGAUGCAAAGCGAAAGGCGAAGGAAGAGAAGAGGCUGAAGAAGGAGAGGCGUAAGGCUGAGAAGGCUGAGACGAAAGGCAAAGGCAAGGCUAGGGAAAUCGAACCACAGGCCAACGAUCCUGUUGUUGACGAGGGCGUGGAAGAGGUAGAAGCCGCCGCGGAGGUCAAUGGCCAGGCGAAGAAGAAAAAAGAUAAAAAGAGACGGGUGAAGGGAGAGGCGGUAAAGGACAGUGAUGAGGGUAGGAUAGCAAAGGAGAGGAAGAAGGAGAAGAAGCGCAAGAGGGACCAGGAGGCGGACGUUGGCUCUGAGGUGGUGGAAGAGCUCGCCGAGGAGAAGAGCGUGAAGGAGAAAAAGAGUAGUAAAAACAAGAAGAGGAAGGAACAGGUGGAGUAG